UUAGUUGGUGUUGAAGCCUCAUGGUGGUCGGUCGAUUCAGUAAAGCUGAAUACGAAGAAACGUACGAAAGCGCGCACAAUUUAGUUUGUUGUUAACAUUUCAACUGAAAUUUAAAUUUUAGACACAAAUUGUGGUGUGAAAAAUUAAAAAAAAAAUAUUAUUAAUUUUAACUAAGAAAAUGUGCAGCUUCUUCAACGACAUUUAAAUUGAUUCAAAUCGACGCUAAUGACAUUAAAGCAAAAAAACUGAAAGUUUCCCCCCACCAAAAAAUACACUAUCUCUAAGGUGUUACAAGUGCUAAAAGAUAAAAAUUCCGAAAUCAAAUUAACAGUAAAAAGUAAAAAAAAAAAACAAAAUAAUCAACAAACAGCACACAAAAUGCAACUGAGUACAACGAAACGGCAACGAGAGCGGCACUUGCCGCCCAAAAACAACAGCAGCACAACAACAACCUCCAACAGCAGCGCCCACUCAUGCAGUUAUAGCAACAACAACAGCAAUACAAAUCAUCACAGCAGUCGACUGCCGUUGCUGGUGCUGCUGGUGCUCCUGCUGGCCGCCAGCAGUCACGGCUACAACAUCGAUCUGCCCAGCUAUGUGACGCACGUGCGCGAACCGAAUACAAUGUUCGGCUUCAGCAUCGCAUUGCAUAAGGGCGCUAGCGGAUAUGCACAAUCGAAUUCUUUAAUUGUUGGCGCUCCUAAAUUCGAUACCUCCUCAUACCAACAGGGUGUGGUAGAGGCGGGUGCCGUCUUCAAGUGUGGCAUGAGUGACGGUGAUUGCAAUUUGGUGAAAUUUGACUCCUCAGGAAAUCAUCGCAACACUUACGGCGACGUUAUCGAACGUAAAUCCUAUCAGUGGCUUGGCGCCACAGUCUCCACGAGUCGUGACAACGAUCUGAUUGUGGCCUGUGCUCCACGCUAUGUCUUCCAUACAAUGACACCGAAUAAGUCACUGCGUUAUGACCCAGUCGGUACGUGCUUUACAUCCAGGAAUUUGACGCAUUUCAAUGAAGUCUCACCCUGUCGCACAAAUAACUGGGGUUAUCAUCGACAAGGUUCUUGUCAGGCUGGCUUUAGUGCGGCAGCAAGCACUCAUGGUGAUCGUUUAUACAUUGGUGCACCCGGCAGUUGGUACUGGCAAGGACAAGCCUACUCAAUAUCACCAGAUGCAACCUUCCCAUAUAAGCCGCCAUAUUAUCAGCCCUUCGGCACCGGAGGUCAAACUUAUUCGUACGACGUAACACGCCCCGAAAAUCAAGUCUACUCAACCGCCGAGAGUAGCUCACAAGAUGACGACUCCUACUUGGGCUACUCCAUGAUCACCGGCGAUUUCGAUGGUGAUCGUGUUGAGGAUAUUGCGAUCGGUAUGCCACGCGGCGCCGGUUUACUCGGCAAAAUCGUAGUGAAUCAUUGGAAUAUGUCGAAUAUAUUCAAUUUCACUGGCCACCAGAUUGGUGAAUACUUCGGUUAUGCGCUGGCGACAUGCGAUGUGGAUGGUAAUGGUUUGGACGAUUUGAUCAUCGGUGCGCCAAUGUAUAGCGAACCGGGAAAUGUGGAGGGCAAAUACGACGUGGGACGCGUGUACAUCUUGUUGCAGAAGGCGAGCGGUGAACGUUGGCCAGUCGAGCAUAUACGCGAUGGCUACAAUACGAAGGGACGUUUCGGCUUGGCGCUCACCACACUCGGUGAUAUCAAUCGUGAUGGUUAUGGUGACUUCGCUGUUGGUGCGCCAUAUGAUGGACCAGAAGGACGCGGUAUUGUCUACAUCUUUCAUGGUUCACCAAAUGGUCCGCUAUUGAAACCAUCGCAGAUUAUCAAAGCGGAAGAUAUUGUUGAGGGUGCACCCUAUCCACACACUUUCGGGUUUUCACUCUCCGGUGGCCUGGACAUGGAUGGCAAUACUUAUCCCGAUUUGGCGGUGGGCGCAUACGCUUCCGAUCAAGUGUUUAUUUUCAAGUCACGUCCUGUGGCGGCGGUCAAUGCGAUGACCUCAUUUGUCAACCAAACGAAAUUGAUCAGUUUGGACGAUCGCAAAUGUCAGACGGUCCGUGAUGGUAAACGUGUGCCUUGUACGGAAAUUAUGACUUGCUGGAGUUAUACCGGCGAAUAUUUGCCACGCAAUUUGGAUUUUGAUGUUUCAUGGGUGUUGGAUGCCAAGAAACCCAAGAAGCCGCGUAUGUUCUUCUUGCUCGAUGAAGGCAAAAAUAUACGUAAUGCCUCGAUUAGUUUGCAAUACGGUCGUACAUAUUGUCGCAAUGAGACCGUCUAUCUAGUGGAUAAUGUACAGGAUAAGUUGACCCCGUUGGAAGUUGAGAUGCGCUAUGACUUGCGUAGCAGACGUCCGUUGGCGCCCGUAAUCAGACGUAAACGUGAUGUGCUCGAACCGGUGAUCGAUCAGAAUCGUGAGAUCAUUUUGCGUGAUGCAAUCAAUAUACAAAAGAAUUGCGGUUUGGAUAAUAUCUGCGUGCCCGAUCUACAGCUGGAUAUUGCAACCGUCGACAAAUAUCUACAUGGCUCUCACAAACCACUCAUUGUUGAGGUGACAGUCACGAAUCGUAACGAAGACGCUUUCGAAUCUGCCUUUUACAUGGUCAUGCCUAAGGAUUUGGACUUUAUCAAGAUUGAAAAUUUGGUCGAGAAGGGUGAUACGCCCAUUACUUGCUCGGCUCCUUCGCAAACGAACAACUAUACGCUGAAGUGCGAUCUUGGCAAUCCAUUGCAGGGACAGAAAUUUGCGAAAUUCAAUGUGAUCAUGUUGCCCUCGCAGACUUUCGGUAUGUCGCCCAGCUAUCACUUCUACAUGGAAGCCAAUUCGACGAAUGCCGAAAUCGAUGGCAAUCAACGCGACAAUGUUGUUAUUAAAAAUGUCGAUAUUUGGGUCGAAACCGAUUUGGAUAUUGAAGGCGCCUCACUGCCCGAUUUCCAACUUUACAAAGCCUCCGAUUAUUUGGCUAUUGAAAAUGCGACCAAAGAGGAGGAUUUGGGUCCACAGGUUGUGCAUCUCUAUAAUAUACGCAAUAAUGGUCCAUCAUUCAUCGAGGAAGCUGUCAUACUUAUACAUUAUCCCAAUGAAACUGUGGGCGGUGAUCUCUUGAUGUAUAUGCUGAAUCAACCGGAAACGCACGGCAAUAUCGUGUGUGACCCGCAUCUGGGUGUCAAUCCACUACGCUUGAAAUUGGACAAUAACUUGAAGCAGAAAUCAUAUCUGCGUGAUCGUGGCGUCAUAUUCUCCACAGAGACUAGUAGCAGUAGCGCCUCCAGCUCAGCCUCAGGUUCUGGCUCAACAAUUUAUAGUGGUGUCGAGAAGGCGGAAGGUGGCAGCGCUGCUGGCACAGCGGUAACUAUUGGACGCGGUACCAAGGAAUUGACCGAGGAGGAGAGAAGACGUCUAGAGAAGGAAGAUGAACAAGAGGGAGCUGGCGACGCAUCGGCUACACAUAUACAACGCGCUAACGAAGCCGCCGUCUCGAGCUCUCAGUCGAGUUAUGGUGGCGGUGCUGGCACCGGAGGUGGUAGCUCCUACCAAUGGUCUACAUCGUCGUCGUCUUCAUCAUCUGGUGGCAGCGGUGCUGGUGGUCAGGGUCCCACUGUUAUUGUGCGUACAAAGAAUACAACAACAAGUUACGAUUCCAGCGGACGUCCAUAUGUGGUGGAGAGCAGCACCGAAUACUCAACGAAUCUCGAACGUGCUGGUCAAUACUAUGCGCAACCGCUGAACCAACAACAGCAACAUCAACAACAACAUCAACAGCAGCAACAUUCAGCAAAUUAUCAACAAGCGGGCCGUUUUGGUGCUGAUAAUGUCCAUGGCAAUUUCGGGGGCGCGCAGAGCACACGUGGUCACAUACAAAUGGCUGGACCCGGUGGUAUUGGUCAACCAGAGCAACCGAUGUACGCCAACUAUGAGGGCUCUUCGGGUGGCGCUUAUCGACCAAAUCAGCUGAGACAGCAACAACAACAGCAACAGCACCAACAAAAAUCAUAUCAACCAUAUGAUGCACGUCGCGGUUCAGUCUCCUCAUCGGCCACUUACAAUACCAACAACAACAAUUACAAUAACUUCGGUGGCGCUUUGAGCGGUGGCAACUUUGAUAAAGUCCACACAAACGGUCAGGGCUUCCAAGCUGGUGUUUUGGAUUUAGGCACAAUGCAUCGCGAUAAUGUCGAUAACGAGCUGCGUCAACAGGAUGGACAAUUCGGCGAUAACGGUGGCAACUCCUAUGGCUACCAGCAAACCUAUACACGUCGUGUACGUUCGCCGUCAGGCAAUAAACCCUACUAUGGCAUGGAGAAUGAAGACUAUUACGAUGAGGAAGCUAUCAAUCAGCAAUCAGCUGGACAACACCAAGCGAUUGCGAGAAAUGCGCAAGCAACGCAGGGUGGACAACACAGCGCCUCCUAUCAGCAGUCGCAGUCGUCGAGCUCAUCCUCCUCCUCGAGCAGUGGUAGUCAUAAGGCAUCUUCUUCUUCGUCCUCUUCUUCAUCCUCAUCAUCGUCGUCAUCAUCUUCAUCAGCAGCGCAUUCAUCAUUAGCAUCGAACGCGCAACUAGGUGCAGCCGCGGAGGCGGACGAAUUGAUCGAAGUCAAUUGGGUAUCACCCUGCAAAGCGGCUACAUGUCAGACCUUACGCUGUGUGGCAAAGAAUCUAGCUAAGGAUGAGGGCGUUUGGGUGGCCAUACGCAUGCGCACAGUGGCGAAGACAAUGGAGAAAUUAGCGGGUAACAGACCGUUGAAUCUCUCCACUAUGGCCGCGGCGAAUGUGACGCGUUUGCCAUACAUUGGCGAACCGAAGGUGCCGAUCAUAAAGACGCACGAAAUCUUCUACAAAGCCGAACCAGAACCCAUACAAGUACCGGAUGUGGUGCCGCUGUGGGUGGUGGUGUUGGCGGCAUGUGCCGGUGCACUCAUACUCUUGUUGUUGGUCUAUUUGCUUUAUAAGUGCGGCUUCUUCAAUCGCAAUCGUCCACGUGAUCACUCUAUGGAGCGUCAGCCACUGCGUAAUGGUUAUCAUGGUGAUGAGCAUCUGUGAGCGCUAACGCGUCCAUAAUCUGGGCCGGAUCCGGAUCCCCACCAAAUCUCCACAACUAAACCUGCAUAUUACUUUUUGACUUUUAGGCAAAAUUUCAAGGCGAUUUUG